GCCGUAGCGGCUCAAACACAGUAAACAGGAAGUGGAUUUUUCAUAGCGUCGAGUUGAAGAAGGCGGGCGAUUCCUGAGGGACGCCGUCAUCUCCUGCCGUUUACUGCCGCUCUCCGUCCUUCUCCACUUCCUCCUCCCGGCCUAGAGGAACUCUGCCGGGAGCUGCCGGCUCUACGCGCCGAACCAUGGCCGAAUACUCCUAUGUGAAGUCCACCAAACUCGUACUCAAGGGAACCAAGGCCAAGAGUAAAAAGAAGAAGAGCAAAGAUAAGAAGAGAAAACGAGAAGAAGAUGAGGAGACCCAACUUGAUAUUGUGGGAAUCUGGUGGACUGUAUCCAACUUUGGGGAGAUUUCAGGAACCAUUGCCAUUGAGAUGGAUAAAGGAGCCUAUAUCCAUGCCCUGGACAAUGGCCUUUUUACACUGGGAGCACCGCAUAGAGAAGUUGAUGAGGGCCCCAGUCCUCCAGAGCAGUUUACUGCUGUCAAACUGUCUGAUUCCAGGAUUGCACUGAAAUCUGGCUAUGGAAAAUAUCUUGGUAUAAAUUCAGAUGGACUUGUUGUUGGGCGGUCGGAUGCAAUUGGGCCAAGAGAACAAUGGGAACCAGUGUUUCAAGAUGGGAAAAUGGCUUUAUUGGCCUCAAAUAGCUGCUUUAUUAGAUGUAAUGAGGCAGGUGAUAUAGAAGCAAAGAAUAAAACAGCGGGAGAAGAAGAAAUGAUAAAGAUUAGAUCCUGUGCUGAAAGGGAAACCAAGAAGAAAGAUGACAUCCCAGAAGAGGACAAAGGAAAUGUGAAGCAGUGUGAAAUCAACUAUGUAAAGAAAUUUCAGAGCUUCCAAGACCACAAACUCAAAAUAAGCAAAGAAGAUAGUAAAAUUCUUAAAAAGGCUCGGAAAGAUGGGUUUUUGCAUGAGACGCUUCUGGACAGGAGAGCCAAAUUGAAAGCUGACCGAUACUGCAAGUGACAGAGACGUUUUUGUGUUGUUUUGAUUUUUUUUUGGGGGGGUGGUAUUUGUUUGUUUUUAUCCUGAAUAAAAAUAUUCACUGUAACUCUGCUUUUACAGAUUUCUUGAGUACUUUCAAAAUUACAGCUUAAUUUAUUAUCUUGUUUGACCAAGAUUGAUCAAGUUUAAUCUACAUCCUUCGUGGAAUUUACUUCUCAGGCAAGAGUAACCACUUAAGGGACUGCAGAACUUCUUCACUGAAUUCUCUGUCGCGUUACUUGAGAAGACACGCUUCCCCGCUGCGCUGGGCUCUUGCUGUUUGUUGCUCUGCUGCUUCUCUUUAUCUCGGUCCAAGCUUGAUCUGUACAUUUAGAGGAUUAGAGUGUAAGUAAAGCCUUGGUACUCUUCUCUGUCUUUCUUUCUUUUUUGUUUGUUUGUUUGGGAUUUUUUCUUCUAUCUUCAUUGUUCAUUUGAUUAAUCGAUUGCUUGUUUUGUAGUCUAGUAACAUAAUAGUCCUGUUGUGCAGAAGGACAUUUCAGGGCCAGCCUGGGUUGCGUGAGACCCUGUCUCAAAAAAGGGGCCAAAAAAAGUGUUUUAGGCAGGUUCUCUAGAAGACUAGAAUGGGGUUGGAGUUGGGGGGGAGGCCUUUAAAAUACUGAUAGCCAUAUCACACCUGAGACACUAAGAACCCAGUACUCAGUUCUUGAGACUAGGUACGUCAGUAGUUCUAGCUGUCCUAGAAUAGUUGAGAAUAGCUCUCUCACUGUGGGGGCAAUGAUCCACACUUACUAAUUUCAUGAGUUGGGAUCUGGCACCAGAAGCGCAGGAACUUCCCAUAGAGCCUGUGGUCCUGCUCCACAAUGAAGGCUUGGAAAUGCUAGUAGUGAAGGAACCAGCAGUGUGAUUCAACUCAGCACAAGAGGGAAAGACGGACAAGAGGAGACCGCGACAGUCAGAGUGGGCCUUCCCAUGUCUGGGAUAUCAGGGCAAGUCUUUGGGUGAGGCUCUCCACUCAGCUGAUUAUAAUUUGUGGCAAGUUGACAUUAAAAUCAACCAUAAUCGAAAAGAAAACUUUGCUAACCUGCCCAACCCUGCCUACUUUGGGGUUUUAUGUUUCAUGCCUCUCCAAAUCUAGUCUUAGUGUUCAGUACCUAGUGUCUGCUUUAUGUAGGCACACUCGCGGUGGACUCAGCCCGCCUUAUUCCUGCUGCAGCAGCAGAGCAUUGCCACACACGCUUCUCCAGUGUCUGAACUUGGGGAACCUAUUCUUACUCUCUCAGUCCUGGCUGUGGGGCUUUGUAAGGUACACACAUAUUUCAGUGUCUCAGCAGGACGAGGGCGCUUCCACACAGCAGCAGUCUGCCACAGCCAGAAAUUGUCUAACCUAAAAUGCCAACGCUCCAAGGCUGUAAAACCUUCAAACUCGCAUGAUCAUCUGGGCUUUUCCCCCUCCCAAUACCACAGAGUAACAGCACAAAGUUAGUGAAUAAAAUGGCAGCCCAUCUGUAGUCUUCAGUAUAGAUUCCCAGGAACCAUCCUUAGAUGCAAGGCUUGACAAAUACAGCAUUAGACCCAAAGUUUGCUUUUAAGGAAAACUCCAAGUAAAUCUGAAGCAAGUGAUAGAAAAAACAUUGGGAGGUGGGGCUAGAAGUCACUAAAAGAUGGAGAGGUAUGUUGAAGGAUUGGCAGAAUUAAUACUAUUCAAAAAAGAUGGCUGUAUUACCCAAUGUAAGCUAGAGAUUCAGUGCAAUCCCCAUAAAAAUCCCAGUGAUGUUUUUAUAAAAUGAGAAAGCAACAAUUACAGAUUUGUAUGAAAGCAUAAAAGACCGAAUAAUGCAGUCCCUAGCAGUGUGUUAAUACCCAGUCUCGCGGUAACAAGAACAAUAUGAUACAGGUGAAGUAAAAGACACCACCAACAGGAAAGGAAAGUACUCUGGGUAAAUCCGUGUACAUUGACAACGUUGUCAGAAACACAUUGGACAAAAUACUGCCUCUAAUAAACCAUUCUGGAAAACUGGAUUUCCACACACACAUCAUUUGUCUUGCAUUAAGGUAAAAAUGAAUUGAAGAUCACAGUGUAAGACCUGAAACCAGCCACUCGGGGGGAACAGGAUUUUACGAAAAGGAUCCCAGUACCACAGAAACAAUCCCAAGAAUUGAUAAAUGAUAAUUGAUAAUCACAUGAAAUGCAAAUUUCUACACAGCAGAAGAGCAUUCACCAGUGAAGAGAAAACCUACUGAAUGGGAGGAAAUGACAGAAUAGCUCAUUACAUAUCAGAGAGGAUGAAUACCCAGAGUGAUGAUUCUCAAAAAUUACAUAAGUCAUGUAUUCAAUAGAUGGAAUGAUGAUCCAAGGAGCCAGUUCUCUGAAGAAGACAUGCAAAUGGCCAAUAAGUACUUGGGAAACACUCAACAUCAUGAGCUAAUAGGAAAUACAAAUUAAAACUGCUUUGAGAUUUCAUCUCACCCAGGAAAACUUAUCAUUAAGAAAGCAUGCUGCAGAAGAGGUGAGGAAAGAGGAACCCUUCUCCACUGAUGACGAGAAUACAGACUGAUGCAACUACCUUAAAAAAAAUAUGGAGGGACUGGAGAGGGACCAGCACUUGUUGCCCUUGCAGAGGACCUGGGUUUGGUUUCCAACAGACACGGGUUGGCUAACGACAGUCUGUAACUCCAGUUUCAGAUCUGACACCUGCCCUCUGGUUAUUGUACACAUCUGCGUAUAGAUAGACUUGCAGGUGAAACACCCAUACACAUAAAAAACCAUGCCGGGUAUGUGGCAUACACCUUUAAUGCCAGCAAGUGCAGAGGCUGAUGGAUCUCUGAGUUCGAUGCCAGCUUGGUUUACAUAGUACAUUCUAGGACAGCCAAGACUACAGAGAGGAACCGUGUUUCAAAAAGCAAUAAUAGUAAUAAUAAACCUGUUUUAAAAAUCAGUAUGGAGGUUCCUCAAAAAAAAAAAAAAGAAAAGAAAAUAGAGCUACUGUAUGACUUAGCCACUUGAGCAUAUACACCAGCAACUAGGCGACGUGCCACAGAGAUACCUUCCCACCCAUUCUCAUUGCUUCACUGCUCACAAUAGCCAGGACACUGAGACAGCAAUGAACUCAUCUACAGAUCAGUAGAUAAAUGUAGUGCAAAACACUAUGGAAUUUUAAACAACCAUACAGGAAAGUGCAGUCACGACAUUUACAAGAAAUUGGAUCUUACUGGAAAUCGUUAGGUUUCUAAAUAAACCAGACUCGCACAAAUACAUGCUGUAUCAUUCUGAAUUUCAUUUAGAAUGGCGUGUGUGUGUACUUUGAGGGGGUGUGUCAUGGAGAUGGGAGCAAGAGACCAGAAGGGAGAUGGAAAAAUUAAUGGAACAUUUGUAAUAGGAAAGCAGUAAAAGGAGACGAAUUGGGAGUGAGGAAGAACAAAGCAUGUUGCGCGUGAAAAUGCCAUGGGGAACUCAUCCCUGAGCUAACCGAGAAACUAAAAAGCACUCCCAUCAAAAGACAGACCCUUGAUUUCAAACACUUGCUUGAUACCCAGGACUAUGCCUGCCAACUGAUUUUCCUGGGACAACAUUCCCUUCAUCUGCAUUUCUGUACAGAUCUUCUGUACAAAGUCCUGGAUCUUUGAUGGCCUCAUGUUCUCCAAUUUCCUUCCCUUAUUACAAUAAAUGGACCUAAUUACAGGUCCUGAGGAAGAUAAACGUAUAUAUUGUGUUUUGGAGUAAAUGUACCAGUGAAGGCGGACACUAAGUGUAGACAACAAAUCUGCCCAGUUAUGUACAUCAGUGCUGCUGGAACGUCAGUCUGGGUGAGUGGCAGAGGUUAAAUCAAGUGUCACAGAGCACUGACCUAUGAGUGCCCGAGGCCCAGGAUUCAGCCCGUACUUGGUAGUAUGGAAUAAAGGCAUGUAAUUGUUUUCUCUUUACAUCUCACGUCUCAGGUUACUGUGAGGAAUCCCAGACUACAAUAGUGCCCUGAUGGAAUAGUCUGGUAGCCUUAUCAAAAAUAAGAUUAUACAAGAUAAAGACCCUGACCUGAGAAAAGGCGCCCACAUUUCUUCAGAUUAGAUCUUAUCUAACCGUAUAGAAGUUCAUUUGAGGUGUAUAGACUGAUUUCUUAGAGGAAAUAUCUUCUUAAUAUAAAAUAUUUCUAUUGAAAAUAAUACUUUAUGUA